ACUUCACUUCCACACCCCAGAGUGAGAACACAACUCCGUCCAUGGCUGGGUGAGAGUAUCAGUCAAUUGGUUGUGGUUAAAACGUCCGCUUAAUUCUUCGUCUUCUUUGUUCCACUCCGUAUAUGCCUCUCUCCAUAUUUGUUUUUCUCCUACCUUCAUCUUCAUCGUAUUUAACUGGAAAACUUGAUAAUAAAGGAGGGGGAAAAUGAACAGAAGAUUCGGAGGAGGAAAGCAGCCAACAGGAACUCCAUCAAUGGCUUGGUCUACUGCUGUUGUCGUUGUUUCCCUCCUUGCUGGUGCCUCCGUUGUUCACAACUUUUUCAAACCUGAUCUGACUCUGCCUCCAUUAGAAAGCAUUGAUGGAAUCAAGCAGAAGGAGGUGGAGAAACAAUAAUCUUUUGUUCUAUUCGUUUAAGUUCGAUUAAAUGGAGUUUGUGAAAAAGUGCACCCACCGGCCACCCCUUUGUGUAGGUUGGAAUUUUAGCACUUGUAACUAAAUGAUGUUGCAAAUGACAUCUCUUACUGAUUAUUGUCUUUCUUCGACAGAUUAGUUCUUAGUAGUUUAAACCAAACGACCCCUUGGAUUUAUAUAGACAUAGUCGCAUGAAGUGAUCAUUUUGGUGAAGUAGGUGUAACAACUUGUCAACUUUUUCUCUGUGUUGCCUAUUAUAUAUCGAGUUGGUCCAUCAAAAGGGCCUGAGUCGUCUGUGAACGUACUCUAUAUGUGGAAUUCCGAGUAAAUGGUUCCUUCAUUGGGGAAAGGGUGAAAUGUAUCCCCUCCGCAAUACAAAAUAUGUUACUUAUAA